AUGCCCACCUUCUGGUCGUCCGUCACCCGCGCUGCCCUUCCGCGAUGUAGGAGACUUCAUAGCACCGCCGUCGCAGAUGCCACCGCAGCCGCCACGGAGGCCGAGUCCACCGCCGCCAACAAGCAGUGGACGCCCUUCUCUAUCCGAACGGGCCUCAUCGCGCGGAAGCGGGGAAUGACGGUGAUGUACGACGAGACAUUCGGGACACGGUUCCCCGUGACGGUUCUGCAGGUGGAACAGUGUCAAGUCACCAAGAACGUCCACUUCGUUAGGCCUGACAGCACAGAAUACCACGCGGUCCAGGUGGCUGCGACCGACAUGCGUCCAAAGAACGCUACCAAGCAAAUGCUCGGACACUUCGAGAAGGCUGGCGUGAACCCGAAGCGUAUUGUCAAGGAGUUCCCGGUCACUGCGGACGCGCAUGUACCAGAAGGUACGACAUUUUCCGCCGUUCACUUUGUGCCCGGUCAGUUCGUGGACGUCAUUGCGAAGUCCAUUGGGAAGGGGUUUCAGGGAACGAUGAAGAGGUGGAAUUUCAAGGGCUUGCGUGCGAGCCAUGGUGUAUCUGUCUCUCAUCGGUCCGCCGGUGCAAUCGGUGCCCACCAGGAUCCCGGUCGUGUGUGGCCUGGUAAGAAGAUGGCAGGCCGCAUGGGCGAUAAGCGUAUCACCACCCAGAACCUCGCCGUCGUUCGUGUCGACACGGAUCUCGACCUCAUCUACGUUCGUGGAGCCGUGCCCGGCGUGGAUGACGCGCAAGUCAUGGUUCGUGACGCGAAGAAGAAAAUGAACCAGCUCUCUCGUCACGCAGCUCAGAAGGACGAGACGGACAAGGUGUUGCCCAAGGGUCUAGUUACUCUGCCCUUCCCCGCAGGAACAAAGGAGAUGGCAAAGACCUUGCCUUCUAUCAUCGCUGCGCCGUCGAUGCGUGUCACCGACCCUUUCAUCCCUCGAGAUUAG